AACCUCGUGGUGGCGGUGAGUGCAGAAGGCUGGUUUCAUCUUUUUGACCUGACUUCCACUUCAAAACACCCAGAUGUUUCAGGCCACCAUGAGUUGGCGCCAUCAGAAGAGCAGAAGCCAGUGUUCAAGCAGCACAUUCCUGCCAACACCAAGGUCAUGCUGAUCAAUGACAUUGAUGGAGAUGGGAAGUGCGAAUUGGUGGUGGGUUACACUGACAGGGUGGUACGUGCCUUCCGCUGGGAGGACUUGUCAGAGAAUUCGGACCAUGUCUCUGGGCAGCUGCUCCUGUUGAAGAAAUGGCUGCUAGAAGGUCAGGUGGACAGCCUCUCUGUGAACCCAGGCCCGGAUGGCUCACCGGAGAUGAUGGUGUCUCAGCCAGGCUGCGGUUAUGCCAUUCUGCUGUGCACCUGGGACUCUGAGCAGCAGGCCACAGCAGAGGGAAGAGACAACUCUGUGCCAAGCAGCGAGGCCCCUAUUCGAGAUGUUAUUCUACACCAAACAUCUGGACGGAUUCACAACAAGAAUGUUUCUACUCAUCUAAUUGGUAGCAUUGGCCGAGGCUGCUCCAGUGAGAAUGGUGGCUCAGGUCUCUUUGCCCUCUGUACUCUGGAUGGGACAUUGAAACUCAUGGAGGGAGCAGACAAGCUGCUCUGGUCUGUGCAGGUUGAUCACCAGCUCUUUGCUCUGGAAAAGCUGGAUGUUACUGGCAACGGGCACGAGGAGGUGAUUGCCUGCGCGUGGGAUGGUCAGACAUACAUCAUUGACCACAAUCGGACUGUUGCCAGAUUUCAAGCAGAUGAGAAUGUCAGUGCAUUCUGUGCAGGCCUCUAUGCAUGCAAAGGAGGAAGGAACAGCCCCUGCCUGGUUUAUGUCAGCUUCAAUCAGAAGAUCUACAUCUACUGGGAUGUGCAGCUGGAGAGAAUGGAGUCCACCAACCUGCUGAAAAUCCUGGAUUGUGACCCAGAGUUUGGAAGUCUUCUGCAGCAGCUGGGUGUGGAAAGAGGCGACGUUUCUGCUGUCAAAAAUCUGAUUCACAAAACACUGUAUUUUCCUGAGAAACAGCAGCAGAGCAGCACCUCACAGUGUCAGGACCCUGCUGGAACAGACUCCUCUGCCCACUACACUGUCGUCCAGGAUCCCUUAUAA